CCGAACCAGGCUGUCAUGGUCGCUCAUGGACAAAUCGCCGUGGGCCCACAGCCACAGCAGGCCUUCGUGCCCCAACAAGCUCAAAACUGGUUUGGAUGGCCAGCCCCCGCCGUCGUCCCUGUCCAGCAACAGCAGCAGCAGCCCCAGGCAUGGUUUGCCCCGAACCCCCAGCAGCUCCAUGCACAGAACGUAGCCGCUGCACAGGCCAAUGGAGCCAAUAUCCCCCGCCAGCUGGUCCCAUACAACCCACCCGCCGGCCAGGCUCUGUGGGUGCACAACCUUGAUGGAUCCUGGUCUCUCCGCUCCGUCACUGAUAUCCAUAAUAAGUUGAAUGGCCAGUGGAUUAAGUCGAAGCAGGGAUAUCCGUAUUUUCAGGUUCAGGCUAAGCCUGGGUCUUAGAUGGGACUGCGGGCCUAUGGGAGGGAAGCUCAUGUGUGGUAUUUUUGUUUCUUUUUCUUUUUUUCUUUUUUUUUUUUCUUUCAUAUCCUACCUUUGGGUUGGUAUGCUCGAUGAUGGUUCUAGGAGGUCCCGUUGACCUGCCAUAGCUACAUGUUCUUCGCUGGAUACAUCCACCAUCCCAUCCCACUAAAUCCUCCUACUUUUCGACUCCGACAAUGGCAUAAUAAAUGCCCAUGAGCGGACGCUUCAAACACAAGGGACCAGGGACCAUCGCCAAGAAUCUUUUACAUCCUACACAAACAACCGCCACGAACCAUCAACUUCAAAAGACGAAAAAAAAAUUACAAACCAACCAAGUCCCCCUCGCCCACGACACUUCCUCUACGAAGCAUUAAUGAAGUAACGAACGAUUAAACGCGCUCAAUUCAUUUACAUGCAUUGAGUUUUCUCUUUUUUUCCCCCUUCUUGCCUUUUGACUCCACCCAUCGCACGCUUUGCUUGAUACUAGCGUCGACACUCUAAGCAUCGAGGUACGAGGGAGAGUGUGCGGGGUAGUAAUAACUGUGAACAGGUUAAGGGUCAACGGUUGCGGCAGAGGAGAGGGGUAGGGAUGGGACGAGAUUUACUGAAUGUGAUUUGCAUUUUUUAUUUUUCUUCUUUUUUACUACUAUUCCAUAGCACUGCCUUGCCCCUUUACUUUUCCUGCAAACUCUAUCAUGUUUUUUUCUUUCUUUUUUUUCUUUCCCCAUCGUUUUGCAUUUCUCUAGUUUUCUUUCCCUUGCUGUAUUCACUUAGCUAUUCUCAUUAUGUUCCAAUGAUUUCUGCUUUUUAAAUCCUACCCCGUCCGUUUUUACCCCCUGCUCUUCGCCCUCCCCCCCGGAACAAUCCACCUGGGAUGACACACUGCAUCCAACGCAAAUGGGACAGAACAUUGACGAUUUUCGGUGACAUGCUAUAAUACAUACACUCCAAUGAAACAAUGCAAAGGCAAAGGCGCAGAGGGGCGUACUUGUCGUUUUUAUUAGCGCGGCCAGAAAAAAAAAAUUCUCGUUCCUCUUAUUUGCUAGGUUAGUUUCAAGGCAAGGCACCGGUAGGUAGUUAGUUUCGAUUAGAGAGGGAGAGAGAUAGAGAUAGCAAUGUAAUGCAAUG